UAGGGUGGUGGGCGCCGAGGUCCGAGCGGCGCGCCGGGAGGUGCCGCCUGCGCCGGGGAAGGCUGGGAUGAAGCCAUGUAGCCUUUCCCGAAACUCACUUGGACCCAUCUGAAGUCCAUAUGGCUCUAUAUGACGAAGAUCUCCUGAAAAAUCCCUUCUAUCUGGCUCUCCAGAAGUGGCGUCCCGACUUGUGCAGCAAGGUGGCCCAAGUCCACGGCAUUGUCUUAGUCCCCUGCAGAGGAAGCCUGUCGAGCAGCGUUCAGUCCACUUGUCAGUUUGAGUCCUACAUUUUGAUACCAGUGGAAGAGCAUUUUCAGACCUUAAGUGGAAAGGAUGUCUUUAUUCAAGGAAACAGGAUUAAAUUAGGAGCUGGUUUUGCCUGUCUUCUCUCAGUGCCCAUUUUGUUUGAAGAAACUUUCUACAAUGAAAAAGAAGAAAGUUUCAGCAUCCUGUGUAUAGCCCAUCCUUUGGAAAAGAGAGAGAGUUCAGAAGAGCCUUCGGCACCCUCAGAUCCCUUUUCCCUGAAAACCAUCGAGGAUGUGAGGGAAUUUCUGGGGAGACACUCCGAGAGAUUCGACAGGAGCAUUGCCUCUUUCCACCGAACGUUCCGAGAAUGCGAAAGGAAGAGCCUCCGCCAGCACAUAGACUCGGUGAACGCGCUCUACACCAAAUGCCUCCAGCAGCUUCUGCGGGACUCGCACCUGAAAAUUCUCGCCAAGCAGGAGGCCCAGAUGAGCCUGAUGAAGCAGGCAGUGGAGAUGUACGUCCACCACGAAGUUUACGACCUGAUCUUUAAAUACGUGGGGACCGUGGAGGCCAGUGAGGAUGCUGCCUUUAACAAAAUCACAAGAAGCCUUCAGGAUCUUCAGCAGAAGGAUAUCGGUGUGAAACCCGAGUUCAGCUUCAACAUACCUCGUGCGAAGAGAGAGCUGGCGCGGCUGAACAAAUGCACCUCCCCGCAGCAGAAACUGGUCUGCUUGCGAAAGGUGGUGCAGCUCAUCACGCAGUCUCCUAGCCAGAGAGUCAACUUGGAGACCAUGUGUGCUGACGACCUGCUAUCAGUCCUGUUGUAUCUGCUUGUGAAAACGGAGAUCCCCAACUGGAUGGCAAAUUUGAGUUAUAUCAAAAACUUCAGAUUUAGCAGCUCGGCGAAAGAUGAGCUGGGAUACUGCCUGACCUCAGUCGAAGCUGCGAUUGAAUACAUUCGGCAAGGAAGCCUCUCCGUCAAACCACCUGAGUCUGAGGGCUUCGGUGACAGACUGUUUCUUAAGCAGAGAAUGAGCUUACUGUCUCAGAUGACUUCCACUCCCAUCGACUGCCUGUUUAAGCACAUCGCGUCAGGUGACCAGAAAGAAGUGGAGAGACUUCUGAGCCAAGACGACCGUGACAAAGAUGCCGUCCAGAAGAUGUGUCACCCGCUGUGCUUCUGCGAUGACUGCGAGAAACUCGUCUCUGGGAGGUUGAAUGAUCCCUCAGUUGUCACUCCGUUCUCCAGAGAUGACAGAGGUCAUACACCUCUCCACGUGGCUGCUCUCUGUGGGCAGGCAUCCCUCAUCGACCUCCUGGUGUCCAAGGGUGCUGUGGUGAACGCCAUGGACUAUCACGGGUCCACUCCGCUUCACCUGGCGUGUCAGAAGGGCUAUCAGAGCGUGACGCUGCUGCUGCUGCACUACAAGGCCAGCACCGACGUGCAGGACAACAACGGCAACACCGCGCUCCACCUGGCCUGCACCUACGGCCACGAAGACUGUGUGAAGGCUCUGGUCUACUAUGACGUGCAGUCGUGCAGACUAGAUAUUGGCAACGAGAAGGGAGACACCCCCCUGCACAUCGCUGCACGCUGGGGGUACCAAGGCAUCAUAGAGACGUUGCUGCAAAACGGGGCGUCCACUGAGAUCCAGAACAGGCUGAAAGAGACGCCACUCAAGUGUGCAUUAAACUCCAAGAUUCUCUCUGUCAUGGAAACCUGCCAUCUGUCCUUCGAAAGGAGGCAGAAGUCCUCUGAGGUCCCCGUGAAGUCCCCUCAGCGCUCUGUGGAUUCCAUCAGCCAGGGCUCCUCCACCUCCAGCUUCUCCUCCGUGUCAGCGAGCUCCAAGCCAGAGGACACCACCAAGGACUAUAGAGAGGUAGAAAAACUUUUAAGAGCAGUUGCUGAUGGAGAUCUAGAAAUGGUGCGUUACCUCUUGGAGUGGACAGAAGAGGACCUGGAUGAAGUGGAGGAUACUGUCAGUGCAGCGGACCUCGAAUUCUGUCACCCCUUGUGCCAGUGCCCCAGAUGUGCUCCAGCUCAAAAGAAGCUAGCAAAGAUUCCUGCCAAUGGGCUCGGUGUGAAUGUGACCAGCCAGGAUGGCUCCUCCCCUCUGCAUGUGGCUGCCCUGCAUGGCCGGGCGGACCUCGUCCCUCUCCUGCUGAAGCAUGGUGCCAACGCAGGUGCCAGGAAUGCAAACCAAGCUGUCCCGCUCCACCUGGCCUGCCAGCAGGGCCACUUUCAGGUGGUGAAGUAUCUGUUAGAUUGUAAUGCAAAGCCCAAUAAGAAGGAUGUAAGUGGAAACACACCCCUCAUUUACGCCUGUUCCGGUGGCCAUCACGAAGUUGCAGCUCUGUUGCUCCAGCACGGGGCCUCCAUCAACGCUUCCAACAACAAGGGCAACACAGCCCUGCACGAGGCUGUGGCAGGAAAGCGCGUCUUCGUGGUGGAGCUGCUCCUGCUCCACGGAGCGUCGGUGCACGUGCUGAACAAGAGGCAGCGCACGGCCGUCGACUGUGCCGAGCAGAAUUCGAAAAUAAUGGAAUUACUUCAGGUAGUACCGAGCUGUGUUGCCUCAUUAGAUGACGUUGCCGGAACAGACCACAAGGAUUGCGUCACUGUUGAGAUCAGGAAAAAAUGGAACUCAAAAAUGUAUGAUCUACCAGAUGAACCUUUUACAAGACAGUUUUACUUUGUCAACUCAGUUGGUCAGUUUAAUUUCAGAGGAAAGACUUCAAGGGAGAUUAUGCCAAGAGAUAGAAGUGUCCCUAAUCUUACUGAAGGUUCUGCACGUGAGCCAGUGAGGCAGAGUGUCACACUGAAACAGAAUGACCCACCAGACCAGAGCAGAUCGCAUACUGCUGACAAAGCAAACAGUGAUCGGCCGGAGAGGCCCGGACUGAAAGCAGCUGCCCCUGGACACAGGCGGAUGCUGCGCAGACACACGGUGGAGGAUGCGGCUGUAUCCAAGGGCCAAGAGACUGCUGGCAACCUAACCACUGCCCAAGAGGCUAGCCUUUCCCAGUCUUAACAGUAAUAAGGAAUUGUUAAAUUUGCUGCCAAGAAGUACAUAUGCAAGAAGAUGCUGAGCAUGAAUACAUCUUAGAACUAAAUGUACUUUCAGAUAACUAGCUUGAGAAAAGAAAAGUCAUUGGUAGAAAGUUCCUGAGAGCUUUUCUGUGGCUGAGGCAAAGAAUGCAACAAAAAACUUAUCACGAUUUCUCUCCUCUUCAAAGCUACUGAAUACACUUGAAAAGGAACGGACAAAAUUCCUAGUGUCCGGAUCCUUAAGUCCAAGAUACUGUUUCUACGUAUUAGCGUUCCUUGGCUAUAGGCAGAGGUUUUACCACCAGAUUCUGACCUCCUCCUACUGAAAGGUGCUAAACCUCUGCCAUGUGUAUAAAUUAGCAAACCACAAGCUAAAAGAAUUCCUCCAUCGGGGAUAAGGUGAAGAGAAGCUAGUUAGGUUUCAUGGUACCGUGGAGGCCAGGCAGAAGCGUCAGUUCUGAAUGAAGCAAGCAGAACCUGGAUGAUGUUUCUUUGCAAAGCAACACUCGAACCAAAAGAUGCCUAAAUGCCAUUUUGAUGUUCAUUUUAGUCAAAGGACAUAUUAGACCUGUUCUAUACCAUGCAUAUGGGAAAAGUUGGGUAUAAUUUUCCUUCUAACAAAUUAAGUACAGAUAUUUGGUUACUACAUAUGCACCUGUAGCAGUGUUUCUAGAAACAUCCCUUUCUGUUAAGAACCUCCCUUAAAUGUCACAUCUGAUGGAUGGUUACUGGACUAGAGUAGAUUUGGCACAUCUUUUCUUAGUCUUUUGAUUCAGAUUCACACUUACAGCACAAACCAGGUCAAAAUUACUUUGAGUUAGAAUUUAUUGCCAUUUAUUCCUUUUUAUAAAUUUCUAUAAAUUAUACUGUUAUUUUUUUAUGUUACUGGUCUAGAGCCGCAAAUAUGAAUUUGUCCUGAGUACAUUUUCAAAUAACUUUGUAAUAGGGAAGUGGUUUUGUGCAUGUUCCUGGAAAUAUUGUGUAUGUAUAGAAGGGAGGGAUCAAUUAUUUUUCUACAAAGUAAUUUAUGAUUUCUAAUUUUCUAAUGUGCCUUGGAUUUGUGCCAAAUGAUGGAAAAGAAACAGUAAACUUUGAUUCUUGACUG